GCGCCACAAGUUUCCGAAGCUUUUGCCUCAGUUUCGAGUUAACUCUCGUCGCGAAAGGUUGCUCUUAGAACGUUCUUGUUCCAAAAUAACACUUCUCUUCAAAAUUACUCUCUUUACGUGAUAUAAAAUUCAUAUUUAAUUGAGAGUUGAUAGAAGUUACAGUGAAGACAAAAUUGCACCCACAACAAUCCUCGAAUGGAUCAAUUAGCAAGAUUUUUGUACAAUUUCUGAAAACACCCACAUAAGAUAAACGAAUUUCUUGAGAAAAUUGUGGAUUACUUGAACUUUCGGGGGUGCUUGAUUUAGUGAUAAGCCCGAAGAUGACGACUGAUUCUCUGAAAUCGUUCAUCACCCUCCCAACAGCCACAAUUUACGGGAGGAAGAGAUCUGAGAAUACAAAAUUCAUCCUCUUGUGGAGCUUUGUCCUCCUCUUCAGCAUCGGCAUUUCAUCAUAUGUGAUUUGGUCCUCAAUUAGGAUGACCGAGCUGAGAGAUGAACUUCAUCAAGUGCGUGACAAAUUGGAGGACUUGAGAAAGCGAAUGGGUCUGGAUCUCUUGGAUGAUUUGCAUGACUUUGAAGAGGCGCACGAAAAUCCGACACACCAUCAAGAAGCAUUCCUCGAAGAUUUUGAUAAUUCCGUGGAUGAUUUCUCCGAUGAAUAUGGCUUCGAAGAUGACGAUGAGGAUGACACGGAAAUCUCAAGGGAAGGCAGUGGUAUCUUCAAAAUGUUCCCAUUCUCAGAUGACAUAACGUUCCCCCCAGUAGAUGAGUACGACGAUGAGAGUAUCUACGAUGAAAUAAGAAAGAGUCGGAAACCACGCGCGAUUCCUCCCCACGAAGGUGUUCCCGUGAUCGAGGAGUCCUACGCUGUGCGUCGCAACAAGACCAACACCCCAGCCGACGAAAUGCUCAAGAAUGUCCUCCUCAAUCGUAACCAGAAUCCAAAACUCAAGUACGAUUGGGGCCAGAAGCGAUGGGUUGAUGGAAGGAGACCCCACAAUGGUGUUCAUAGAAGACAUCCUAGGAGGUAUCAGUCUUUCAGUGCUGCUCCCACUCAGUUUGUGGACAAAGAUGUCACUCUGACCAUCCGGGAGUCUGAUUCCAAGCAACAAAAUGGACUGCAUAUUCGUCAUAGGAAUCAGCAGCCAAGUAUGCAUCCAAAUGCACAACCAAGUAUUCAGGCAAAUCUACAGGAACAUAGAGCUGCUCCAGAGCAAUUUGUGACUCAGAAGCAAAUUAAUCUUCGCAGAUUCGCCAACAGCGGAGAGCGUAAGAAGAAACAUCUAGCACGUACGAUUGCCAUUCAUUAUGUUGGUGAUGAAGAUAAAUAUCAUAUUAGAGCACCUCAUCAUUCAAGAGUAAAUGGACGACUUCGUCAUCACGAUAAGGUUUACACGUACUGGAAGCCAGCAAAUUGGGCAGCAAAUGCCGGCAUGGAACACUUCUUUACCAUGGACAAUGGCGUUGUAACGGUCAAAGAGGGAGGAUUGUAUCUCAUUUAUGCACAGAUUUACUAUGAUGACGUUCCGGAUCGGAAUAGCUUCCUGGUCCAGCACAAUGGUCAGACUUUCCUGCACUGCGAACGGAUGACCUACAGCGACAGAGAGGUCAACAAGACCAACACCUGCUACACGAGCGGCGUCGCAGUCCUUAGACCCAAUGAUCAGAUUGUUGUCAAGGACACUGAGCACCACCGUUUCGUCCUCUUCCACCCCUACACCAGCUUCUUUGGUCUGGUGAAGCUGGGUGAUUUGCGGAAUGGGUUUGGGAGCAGCGAGGAGAACCUAGUGCAGCACUAAUGAGCGAGAAAAUGUUCGCUGAUGGAAGAAUCUCUGGUGGAAAGAAAAAUUCACUGAAUUCUCAUGCAAUUCCGUGCCAUAAUUUCGAUUUAGAAGUGGAGAGGAAGAUGCCAUAUUAACUGUGAGAGGGAGUAUCAAAGUCUUUUUUCUUUCAUUCACUCUAUUCUAUUUGCUAAGCAUUUAAACAAACAAACAAAAAAAUGUAGAAUAAAAAAAAGUUGUGUCAAUGGAAGGAAAAUGUAUGCCCUGUAUUACUGAAGAUAGGUAGAAUAGCCAAAAAAAUGGAUAAUUGUCUCAAAUAUUUAUAAUUGUAGGAAAAAGUAGCUAAAUAUGUUUUUUUUAUAUAUUAAUGUAAUACCAAAAAAAAAUAAGGAAAUCAUGUAGUUUGUAUGCCAUACUUAUUUAUCAAGUAGGUAAUCAUCGUGAAUAACUUCUAAGUUGAUUUGUUGUUGAAACAUUAUGCAUGUUACAUGGAAAAUAUAAUCGAAGUAGAAAGCUAUUGAAUUUGAUUUUGAGCGAAAAGAUUCACCAAUUCAAUAAAGGACAUCCAAUGGGA